AUGUACUUGAACUCCGCGAGAUUGUCACCUUCAAUACUGAAGAGAUUUCGAAGAACCGAGUCUCUCGACGAACCAUGGUUGAUUUCAUCAUGGAGCGUCAAAGCUCCCAAUUUUCCACGAACAUCAAGAGCUUCAGGAAGUACAAGAACACUUACUUCUGCAGUACUAAGCUUCAAGGUCGCAAGCUUAAUUCCGUCUUCAUUGAGGACCAUGAUGAUGCUAUCAAGAUUGACCUUGACAUUAAUUCGCUCGGGAGCAAUUGACUCGUCCGUUGCAUCAUUGUGCUUGAGCUCAUCUGCUGGAGUCUCUUCUGCAUUAGGGUCCGUGAAAGUAUUCAAUGUGAAGUUUAAAAGACUCAACAAUGACUUUCUCAGGACCACAAACUUGACUGUCGCUACGUCCAAAUCAAUAUCCUGGUCGAAAACUUCAAUCUCUUUGCCUUUGAACUCAACUAUUCUUUGCAUACGCUUGUAG